AUGAUUGUGGGAACUGAACGCACACACAGUCUGUCUCCAGCGAACUCUUUUUACUUUGGUGACCUCCCAGAAGACAAUCAAAAUGCUUUGGAAAUUUCAUCUUCUUGGGACGUGUCGCCUGCCGCACGCCAAUUGGCUACAGCUGCGCCGGUGCCAUCAUACGUGACAAGAGUAGCAACUACCAGAACGAAUCCAGCUUCGGCCAACUUCAGGAGUUCAGAUGAUGAACUCGCUCCGAUUCUCCGAGGCAUCUGCAAUAUCGCUGCCUUCAAUCCUUGCGUACCGGAAGCGGAAUGUGUGCCCACUGUCCCUGUCAUUGGGGAAGCAACGUGCGUCUGCCCUCCAGGUUAUGCUGGCGACGGUCUGGCUGCUGGUGAAGGAUGUGUAGAUAUCAACGAGUGCGCUACAGGAAGCCAUGAUUGCGAUACGAGGACUACCGUGUGUAUCGAUCUGCCAGGGUCGUACAAAUGUGAAUGUAAGCCUGGAUUUCUUACAGCACCCAAUGGACGUACAUGCCUGGAUAUUGAUGAAUGCCAGAAUCCGGCACUGAAUGAUUGUCAUUCCCUAACCAUGACCUGCCACAAUCUAGAAGGCACAUAUCGAUGCGUGUGCAAGGACCCACAACAGUUCAUGGAUCCCCUGAUGAAAUGGUGUAGAGACUUGAAUGAAUGCGAGGACAUGGAUGGUGUAAUGAAUCCGUGCGAACAGCUGUGUUUCGACCGAAUCGGAGGAUUCGAAUGUGGUUGCAGGGAGGGAUACAAGCUCGCUAGGGAUGGCGUAUCUUGUACAGAUGUUGAUGAAUGUGCGGAUCCAACGCUUAACGCUUGUGACCCAGAAGGCAUUGUCUCCCGUUGUCAGAAUGAGGUUGGAGGUUACAGGUGCUUAUGCAAUAUUGCCCUGGGCUUUACUGACAGUCCAGAUGGGAUAUCAUGCGUCAACUUGGAUGAGUGCGCCAGAGAUCCGUACAUUUGCGGGGGAGCACUUUCAUGUUGCAAAGACAUGUUUCCUCCUCAACGCUUUGCAUGUACAGUUCCUCUCGACGACACACUCGGCCAUACAGCGCCAUUAGGGGGGGUCACGACUCAGAAUAUUAAUAAUGCCUUCGGAGCAUCUCCUUUAACAAGUUGGAUUCCUGGCUUUCUUGGAGUGGCAAAUAGUGCAAGUCUUGCAACUCCCAGGGUUCUGGAGCAAACAUCAACGGAAAGUCCUUCGGGAGAGUCCGAUAGCCUCAUUGGUUCUGGCUUGUCUUCACCCACACACAACAUUAUACGUUCAGACGCUCAGAUGGGAACACGGGCAGAGUUCAUUGAGCUGGGCACGGAUGGAAUUGCUGUCUUUCAAGAGAACGGGGAAAGUAUGAAUUUCUUUGGUGUUAUUGCCGGACCCAGGACAACCGAGGAGGUGCAUCGCCAACUGGACAUUCUUAGAUCUCUUGGGAGCACAGACACCACACUGAAACCAGCCGAAUCGCAAGCUCUGCGCAGUCUACAGUUACUGACCGCCCUUAAACCAGGGUCCCCACAUAUCCCAGGUAGUCAACUGGGUCCGAUUGGUGGUUUGAGAAUCGCACGUGGGGCAACAUGCCCAGCAGGCUUUCGCCUCGGCGGCGAUUUGUAUCGAGAAAAAGUUAGGAAUAAAGUGAAGAACACGUUCGAAUACUUGAUUACAAGUAACAUCCAAACGAAUACCGACGGAACGCGAAAGGUUGUCGCUCCGCAGGAAGUGGCUGCUGGCGUUUUGGGAAAUACACACCUAGUUGCGGACGAAGCAAUGAAGUGGUACAACGAACUUUCGAACAUUCCGUCCUCUCUCGGUUCCACCGUCCAGGUUGGCAAUGCAGCCGCAAAUGCGGCCAGAGAUGCCGCCCUCGAACAGCUCAUGGGUGGCGGCGUGUAA